AUGUCUGACUGGGCGUUUGGAAGACUUUACAAAGACCGAUUUGACUUUGUUUUUCACCUGAGGUGCAAAGAACUGAACCAGGCCACCGGGAGAAAAAGUCUGAUGGAUCUGCUUAACUACAAUCAGAGUUCAUCAUCAAUGAUCAAGCAGGUCCUCUGCCAGUCUCCUGAGAGGGUUCUCUUCCUGGUAGACGGCUUUGAUGAGCUCAAAUGCACCACUGAUUUGGGUCAGUCAGAUCUUACCAUACUCCAAGGACUAGGCAAGCUGGCAGAAAAGGGGACGGAAGAGCAGCAAGUCUUAUUUGACCAUCAUAGUGUCUCACAGACAGUGUCAGAUCCUUCCAAAGUCCCCUUCUUGUGUAAGCUUCUCCAAAAGAAGAGAGUAAGUCAGACCACUAUGUACAGCUUCAUGCACCUCAGCUUCCAGGAGUUUUUCACAGCCCUCUCAUACAUGUUACUGGGUGAUGAGGAAGCUCAGGGGAAAGUUAGAGAGCUACUUUCUAAGGUUCGACGUGGAAAAGAAAACAGUCACCUCCUACCCAUAGUUCAAUUUCUCUUUGGCAUCGCAAACAAGGAAGUUGCAAAACGACUGGAGGAAAAAUAUAUCUCUUGUUCUCAAGGAAUCUGGACCCAGCUCAAACAUUUUAUUCUGGAAGUCAUUGAAAAAGGAAAGGAGGAUCAAAUUGUUAGAUGUACAAUGCAGCUUUUCACAUUUCAUUGUCUAUAUGAGCUCCAUGCAGAUGAUUUUGUUAAAGAAGCCAUGAAAACAUACACAGACAUUAAUAUGUCAGGAAGUCCCCUGAAGAAAACAGACUGUUGGGUGUUGAUGUAUUGUCUUCAGCAUUGCAAGUCCAUCGAAUGUCUUGAACUGAGUGGGUGCAAUUUAACUGCAGAGAACAUGAAAAUCCUUCUGCCAGCGUUGCAGAAAUGUAAAGCUCUUGUGUUGCAGGUGGACGGCCUAGCCAAUUACGAUUUAGAUGAUCUGUUGACAGCACUGGGAGAGGGAAAGAGUUUGGAGCUGGAUCUGCGUAAGAACAACUUCUCUGAUGAGAAAGUACAGGACUUGCUUGUUGCUCUCACUAAACACAAACCCAGAAACGUUGACAUUGGAGUGAAGUCCAUCACCAGCAAUACAACAGACAAAUUAAUGUUCCUCAUCAGUAAGGCACAUGGAGUCUUGGAUCUGAUAAAGCUUCAUUGUUGUGGGAAUGUUGCUUUGAGUGUCCAGCUACAGAAAGAUGGUGUGAGAGCUCCCCAAAUUGUUCUUUGGUUAAAAGUGGCAGAGAUGAAAAUGAUCUGUGACUCCAUCAGAACAUCUGGCUACAGUUUGACUGGAGUGAAGUUGAGAGUGUGGCGUGUGGCUGACGAGGAUAAUCAACACGCAUUCAUCUACCCUACAGACAAGUGUAGGUUAACGUUACACAUAAAAGGGCCUCUCAGAUGCGGCGUAGAGCGUGGAGGUCUACAGUUAGCACACUGCAGCAUUGAAUUGUCCCUAUACGGCGAUGAUGUAGUUGACUGGAGAUGCAUCUUUCAGUUACUUCAAACUCUGAAGCAUAAUCCAGAGUGGGAUGAGCAUGUUGAAGGACUGAUCUCGCUGCUACACUCUCAAACCUCUCUGGAGGGAAUAUAUCUGUAUGUGAGCAGCUUCACAGAAAGGUGUGCUGCCAGUGUAAUCAGUCUCAGCCAGGCCUGUUCCAACCUGAAGGACAUAAUCCUUCAAGUAAACGGUUUCUUAUUGGAGGAAGGAAUACAAUGCUUACGUGAAUCAAAGAGGCACCCAGAUUGCCAGUUACUUCUCUUGGGGAGGAGAUGCAGGAAGCUUGCUGACCAGUGCUCUGAGGAGAAGGACAAGAGGCUCAGUUGUAAUGACAACGUUUUACUCAAUCUACAUGGAGAAUCAUUCAUAGAGAUUGUGUUAAGGCAUGGGAAGGAAAGCGAUAUUGAUGACACAUGGAAUGGGAACAAAAUCAAUAUUGAUGACAUGCGGAAUGAGAACGAAAUCAAAAUUUAUAACAUGUGGAAUGCGAACGAAGACGAUGGCACUUGGAAUGGGAACGAAAACGAUAGGCCUAGAGAUGAUAUAAAGUGUAAAGGCUGUUGUGUUGUUGGAUAGUGACCAUGAUGAAGACGACAGAGAUGGUAUAAGAAAUAUAACAAGA